AUGGCAGAGUUUUCGAAAGCUCAAAAUGCAGCGCUCAAGGCUUUGAACGAUGAUACUUCAAUCGUCACUCGUGAUCUGGAAGCUGGCCUUCAGGGAGCCUCGACAUUACCUAAAUCUGACCAAGCUUGGGUUAUCGCUACGAUGCAGACUCUAAAGUCGCACGAUUGGAUGACGAGCACGAAGUCUUCGGUGCUCUUUAUCAACUCCAAUACGUCCAGCAAUGGAAAACCAUCCUCGUUCAUCCCCGCGAAACUUGUGCAGUCCGUGAAUACGUACAGAUUUAACAACGUUUUUGCCGUCUCAUUUUUCUGCGAUGCCCAUCAGAAAGACCCGAACAGCGGGGUGGCGCUUAUGAUGCGGAGUUUUAUCGCGCAACUUCUCCGAUUCUAUACAGAUUUUGACAUGGAGACACUUCAUCAAAUUCGGCUGUUAAAUGGGGCAGAUGUUCAUGCACUGUGUUGGACUUUUCAUCAGCUAGUAUUACAGCUUCCAUCCGACAUUGUGGUGUUUUGCAUUGUUGAUGCAGUUACGUCGUACGAAACGAGAGAAUCCCAAGCGGAUGCCAGUGAGCUCGCGGUGGCGAAGCUAAUUGACAUUGUGCAAAAGACCCGUAAGCGUGGCUGUCCAUCGAUUGUACAAGCUGAUGCCCGACCAAGUGAUGAAUGUGGUAUGGAUGCCAUCCCGGAUGUCGUCUUCGGAGGGAUUUACUCUAGGAAAAUGGAAUCCAAGCAUCGGUCGCCACAGGAACUGGCUGAGUCGAUAGAACGAAACCACAUCGCUCACGCCCCCGUCCGCGACCCAUCAUCCCCAGAAGCCCAAGCCCUGCAAACCCUAGGCAUCGCAAUCUUCCACGGCAGCUUCGACGAGGUAGAAGUCAUAAAAGCAGCCAUCUGGUGCUGUUCGGGCGUAUUCCUGACCCCAUUCCAAACACCACAGAUCCACAACUACCAGUCCGACACGGAAGGUUGA